CAUGGAAACCAUCCAUGCUGGCGGUACCUGUACCUGAGUGCUAGCAGCAGCAUCUCCGCAGCAACAGAUACGAGUACCGCGCAUGCACCGCUGGCGCUUGUACCUGUACGGCCAAGAGGCUGCCAAGUCUGGAGGCACAAGCAGCGGCCACAGGUUGCGUGAGCGCCAAUGAUGCCACCGUUUCUUGCGCAAUGCUGGGGUCUAGCGGCAGCCCAGGGGGGGAAGAAGAAAAAAAGGGCUUGGAGACGAUGGAACAUGGAAGGGGGUUGGCUGGCUUCUGGGGAGGGUCCAACAUUGAGCCCGACUAGGGGUCCUGCUGGGGUCCUGCUGGGGUCUGCUGGAGCCCUGGUGACGAGAGCGAAAAAUGACGGUGCGGACAAGAACAGGAAUGGAGCUACGAACCUCGAUUGCGACCCAUGGUGCGAUGUGAUGUGCGCCUGGGCUGGGCGGCGGGCGAUCUGGAAAAAAGGCCGAAGAAAAACGAAAAGGUCGUCGAAUUAUGGAAAUUGCGAUAUCAUGAGCUGAAAGUCGAUUUCUUUUUUGUUUUUUCGUAUGUCGUCAGCUCCGGGGCGACGGAAUGGAAUAAUCGAUAAUCGAGAAACUCUGAUGAAGCCAAAAAUAAAAUAGGAGCAGCGAGUGGCGGGGCCGGCGUCCGGCGGCGGCGAUGCUGAGUUAAAAACGAGGGAAGCCU